CGUCUGGAAAGGGGGGGAAGUUUGAUCCUCUUUCUAACGGAUCCCAGUUACGGGAGUUUUUCUCCCGUUUACAGAGACCCGGGAUUAUUAUUUCGUUUUUCACUUUAGAUGUUUUUUUUAUUCAGGCUUAAGUGAAAUUGUAGCCUACCGUUUAUCCCACUUCACUCCACUAACCUGGGGUUUGAUUUUUUUUUUUCACUUGCUUUUCUAUAUUGAGCCCGAUGACUAUGCUCCUUGAUAGCGGUCCUCAGUUCCCGUCACUAGGAGUAGGGGGAUUCGGAACGCCGAGACACCAUGAGUUGGGAAAUCGAGACCCCGGACUGGGGCUCAAUCCCUUCGCAGAUUCAUCUCAUUCGGCAGCUUUCAAGAUAAAUCCCGUUACUCAUGAUAUCGCCUCCAGCCAGACAUCAGCGUUCACCCCGCAAGCUACCGGAUACGCAGCUGCGCUCGGACACCAUCACGGAGGGCAAGUUGGUUCUUACGCCGGUGGAGCAUUCAAUUCGACCAGGGACUUUCUCUUCAGAAACAGGGGCGCUGGCAUCGGAGAGACCGCAGCGCCCAGUGCCCAGCACGGAAUCUUUGCCGCCUCUGCUGGGAGUCUACACGGGCCCCCUGGAAUUUCGGACAACCCGGGACAUCUGUUGUUUCCUGGACUUCACGACCAGAGCGUGAGCCACACUUCACCUGGAGGACAUGUUGUAAACAGUCAAAUGCACCUGGGUUUACGCGGGGACAUUUUUGGACGCCCAGAUCCGUAUCGACCUGUGGCGAGCCCUCGUGCGGAUCCUUACGGCACCGCUCAGCUACAUAACUACAACCAUCCCAUCAAUAUGAACAUGGGGAUGAACAUGCCCACACAUCACGGUCCGGGGGCCUUCUUCAGAUACAUGCGGCAGACUAUUAAGCAAGAAAUGUCUUGUAAGUGGAUAGAUGAGAAUCAGAUGAACAGACCCAAAAAGACUUGUGACAGAACUUUCAGCACAAUGCAUGAAAUGGUGACACAUGUUUCAAUGGAACACGUUGGCGGCCCAGAGCAGAGUAACCACAUUUGCUAUUGGGAGGAUUGCCCGAGAGAAGGGAAAUCCUUUAAGGCCAAAUACAAACUAGUAAAUCACAUCCGAGUGCACACCGGAGAGAAACCGUUCCCUUGUCCGUUCCCUGGUUGUGGGAAAAUUUUUGCAAGAUCAGAAAAUCUAAAAAUUCACAAAAGGACUCACACAGGCGAGAAGCCGUUUAAAUGCGAGUUCGAAGGCUGCGACAGGCGCUUUGCAAACAGCAGCGACAGGAAAAAGCACAUGCACGUGCACACAUCUGACAAGCCAUAUAUCUGCAAAGUGUGCGACAAGUCCUACACACACCCCAGCUCUCUCAGGAAACAUAUGAAGGUACACGACUCACAAGGCUCAGAGUCGUCUCCGGCUGCGAGCUCUGGAUACGAGUCGUCCACGCCGCCAGUGCUAGUGUCUGCGAACACUGAAGACCCGACAAAAACACCCACUUCUGCAGUGCAAAAUGCAUCAGCGCACAGCGAUGGACUACCACCCAAUUUUAAUGAAUGGUACGUUUGAAGCUCCAAGCAGACUCUCAAUGUGGACCAAAAGGUUGAAGUAACCUUUAAAAAACUAUUUACACUACGGUGUACAAAAUGGCAUUGAAACGGAAGAGAUGAGAGAGUUCGCCAACAGGCCUCGUCCAUUCUCAGGAUUCGAAAGUUGACUUUAUUCCGAGAUCGAAGAAAACUAGCAAGGCAUAAAAUAACAAAAUAACACUUUAUAAGAAUAAAUGGUUUCCUUUAAUUUUCAGAUUUCAGAUGAUUAUUUUAUUUUUCGUUUUAUGUAUUUUCUGGAAAGAAAAAAAUAUAUUUAAAAUAAUGGGAAAAUAAGAAUAUUUCACGGUGUUUUAUAUUAAGGUGAUACUCACAUCACCUUUGAUUGAUUGUUAAAACUUCAGACAGUCUUAAGAAACGUGCCAAAGUCUUUGUCUUGAACUUGAACAAAAAAAAUAAAUCAUAAGUAUAUAGCCUACUCGUGAAUGUAUUUCCUUGUUUGAUGGAGUCAAUCUGUUGUCCGAGUCCGUUUUCAGGUGGAGAAAUGUGGUAUUAGGUUACGAUUGUUAACUUUGAAUAUAACGUUGCCUUUGUUAAUAACGAUGUAAAUACAUAUCCAUGAUGCCAUAUUUAUCCAUUUGUAAUUUAAUUAUCGGCGAAAGAGCCGAAUCUUAAAUGAUAUUUAUGGAAAUGUUUUCUAACCAGACUGUACAGUUGAGUCAAUAACCAGUUUUAAUGAUGAAAAAGGGAGUCAACUCUAAAGUUCCCACGAUACGAUUGUAUCUUUUUUUAAGCCAAUAUAUGUGUCUUAUUUGGGUCGUAAAGUAUUAAUUUUAUUAAUAUUAUGACAUGAUAUAGUUUCAAAUAUGCAUUUUUCCAACUCAAGCAUGAAAGUAUCGGUAGGCCUAUACGAAAAUAUGUUUAUUUUUUAUGAAUCAGCCAUAUGAGGAGUAACGUCGAGACGUUUCUGGUUCUUAUCAAAAUUAGCUACUUCGUGUGUGUGUGUUUUUUUUGUUUUUUUACUCUUAGCAUCAGAGCUUAGACUACAUCUCUAUAAGUAACACUUAGGUACAUAUUUGAGGGGCCCGCUGACCAGCACGUCACAUUUCCAUCAAAUACACCAUGUAAUAGCAUUCAUGAACAUUAAACUCAUGUGACAGUGAUAAAGACAAGACUUUAUAUUCUUGAGUUCAAGGUAGAACCGUUUGAAUGAGUAUGGUAUCCAUUUUUGAUGGUUCCAGAACUGUCCUUGUGGAUGCAAAUCUGUGUUAUAAUUGUGUCAAAGAGGAGCAAAGAUUUGUCACAACAGUAUCUCAAAAUAAAACUUUUUGUCUGUCAGUUUGCAUUGUUUUAUAUGUAGUUCUUCUGUGAAUAUAGAGUGUUGUUUGUUAUGAGUACUGUGGUAUAACAUAGAAGACAUUGAUUACACAUUUGCUUGUUUUAUGUGAAUAACUUUUACAGAUGUGGAACUGUUUGUGUGGAUGAACUUCAGUAUUAAGAGUACUACAGUUUUUCAUGUGGGAGGGAAAAUGUGUGUUCAGUGACAGCACGAGUUCAAGUAUUGCAUUGCUACAUUUUUUUAAGAAUUUAAAAUUAUGCAUAUAAAUAUAUUGUGCUUAUGAACAUGAUUUCAAACCACCAGCACUACUUUUGAAAACAAACGUUUAAAAAAAACAGUACCUCGUAAGUAACGGUGAUAUAUAAAUACGUUUAUUUAAAUGAUUUAAUGAAUAUAUGUUUUAUAUACUAUUUUAUAUACAUUAAGUUAAAAUAAAUACAGAUUUAUGUCAGCCACUAUCGAUGUAUGUUCAGCCGUGAUCUCACAGAGAGAUCUCAUGUACAAGUGGAGACUGAAUGUGAUCUUGUAAUAUUUUCUCCAGGAAUUGGGUCACGCGUCAAGUUAUUCCUGAAAAGCAAAUGUUUAUGAACUGUGUUAUUGUGCCACUUUCGAGGCAAAUGAUGUUACUUCAACGUACCUAUUCGAAAUUCAGUAAAAAUCUUGUAGCCUACUUUUUCGAAGUAGGGGUUAUUGUUUGUUGGCUUGUGGGUUUGUUCAACAAACUAUUUAUGAAAAAAAUGUGAACAGAAGUUUUGGA